UGGUUAUGUGAUCCUUUAUCGAGUACUUACUUUGUGUGCCGGGAGAAGCCAGGACAGGCAUGCCAUUUGAUCUUCACAGAGGCCCUGUGGUGCUUCCUCUGGAGAGGCAGCUCCAUGAAGCCGCGCGUCGAAACAACAUCGGGAGGAUGAAGGAACUGAUCGAGAGAAAAGUCAACGUCAGGGCCAGAAACCAUGUGGGCAGGGUACCCCUGCACUGGGCUGCGGGUGCGGGGCACGAGCAAGCUGUGCGGCUGCUCCUGGAACACGAGGUUGCUGUGGACGAUGAGGAUGCGUUUGGUAUGAACUCGCUUCUCCUGUCUGCCUGGUUCGGCCACUUACAGAUCCUGCAGAUCUUGGUCAACUCUGGGGCUAAGAUCCACUGCAAGAACAAGGACGGCCUGACCUUACUACACUGUGCAGCCCAAAAAGGCCACGUGCCAGUGCUGGAGUUCAUAUUGGAAGACCUGGAGGAUGUGCCUCUGGACCAAGUUGACAAGCUGGGAAGGACUGCGUUUCACCGGGCUGCUGAACAUGGGCAGCUGGACGCUCUGGACUUCCUAGUGGGCUCUGGCUGUGAGCACAGCGUGAAAGACAAGGAGGGGAAUACAGCUCUUCACCUGGCUGCUAGCCAUGGCCACCUGACUGUGUUGCGGCGACUCGUGGACAUCAGGCUGGACCUGGAGGAGCAGAAUGCAGAAGGUCUGACUGCCCUACAUGCAGCGGUUGAAGGCAUCCACCCCGACUGUGUGCAGCUGCUCCUUGAGGCUGGGAGCAGCGUCAACGCCCUCACCCAGAAAAAGCAGAGCUGCCUCCACUACGCAGCCCUUGGUGGCUCUGAGGAUGUGGCCCGGGCCCUCAUCUGUGCAGGAGUCCACACCAACAUAGCUGAUUGUCAGGGCGCCUCACCUAUGCACCUCGCUGUGAGGCACAACUUCCCUGCCUUGGUCCAGCUCCUCAUUGAUGCGGGCAGUGACCUGGAUGCCACUGACAAUAGGCAGCAGACACCCCUCCACCUUGCUGCUGAACACGCCAGGCCGGACAUAGCAGAGAUGCUCCUCGUCGCGGGGGUUAACUUAAACCUGAGAGAUAAGCAAGGGAAAACUGCCCUGGCAGUGGCCGCCCGCAGCAACCACAUUAACCUGGUGGACAUGAUCAUAAAAGCUGAUCGCCUCUACAAAUGGGAGAAGGAUCACGUCUUGUGCAGGGACCCCAGAGAUCCCUCUGGGAGGAGCUUGACCUUUAAGCAGGACCAUCGGCAGGAAACACAGCAAUUCCACUCUAUGCUAUGGCGACUGGCUUCCAGGCACCUGCGGCCUCAAGAGUGGAAGAAGCUCGCCUAUUGCUGGGAGUUCACCGAGGCCCAUGUCCAUGCCAUUGAGCAGCAGUGGACAGGCAUCAAGAGCUACCAAGAGCACGGCCACCGGAUGCUGCUUAUCUGGCUGCAUGGUGUGGCCACAGCCGGUGAGAACCCCAGCAAAGCACUGUUUGAGGGCCUCGUGACCAUUGGCAGGAGGGACCUGGCUGGUAAGAGUGUCCUCUGCUCAGGGCAACACUGGGCCCCAGAGUCAGAGCUACAUGGCCCACCCUGGAAUGUGACAGGGCCCCCGAAGCUCUGCCCAGACCAUAAUGCUGUGGGGCUGGUUCUGAACCUUCCAGAUUCCUGGUCCUAGCCUUGUCUGCUGGAAUUCAGGUAGAGCCCUGAACAAACCACAGUACCUCCUGGCCCCCAUUUCCCCAUCUGUGCCCAUGAGGGUGUUGGCUCAGAUGAUGCUGGCACCUUUACAGCCCCAAAGCCACUAAUGUUAUGAUCUAUUCUCUGGCCCUCUGUACUUUUUUUUUUCCUAGUUUGAAAUAAGGCUGGAACAGCCUAUAGACUUCUUUUUUCACAAGCAGUAACAUAUGUAGGACAGAACUAGCUUAAUGUGAGUUGAACCAGUCAGAGCUGGUCAAAUAAACAAAACAUCUGAGGCCAUCACAACCUUUUGAGUCUGUCAGUUCCAAAAGCCUAGUUUGAGACUCAGGGCACCCCAUGGAAUCAUCAGGCAAGCAAGAUAAAAGGUUCGGUACUAAUCCCUCAUUAAAAACCAAAUCAGCUCAUGAUGAAAGAACCUUAAAUACUAUAAUACACGUCCCUGGCAUGGUGCAUUACGGGGCCACCACAGGACAGGGUAGUAGGCAGUCACCAAUAGUAAUGAAGGCUAGGUUCAUCACGUACCAACAGUAAAAACAUGGGUAGCAUGUUACUGAGAGGAAAAAGGAUCUCACAGCAAAAAGGAAAGUCCCCCUUUGUAGCAUCUCACAGCUGCUGCAGACAAAGUAGGGAAACAGUCACUUUAGAGUGGAGGAACUAGGGAUGACUUUUUUCUUUUUCCAAAACAGUCUUAAAUAUUAUUGCUCUAUUUUUUUAAACACAAAUUCUGGCAGGCAAUUCAAACAUGUUUAAAAGCAGCUCUGUGAGGCAGAGCUUAGGCAACAUGA